CCCCUAAAUGCCAAGAUGCACGGCCUUUUUGCCGCUGUGCUCGUCCUCGCCCUCCUUGGCACUGAAGGUCAUGCCCUGUCGCCCCCAAACAACGUGGACAUCGUUGGCAAAGGCGUGCUCACUUUCCAGUCAUCUAUUGAUGGCGAUCCGCAAUGCUCUUCGUCACGGUGCAACACGCCUGGGUUCAUGAGUAGCGCCGUCUUCAACCUGUCUUCCUUCGAACAAGGCCAGCACUAUGAAGGCACAGUUGCCGUUCCCGAUGGCUGGACCUACCUCCCAAACUUCAAGUGUCGACUCACGGAUUCAGUCAAGGCCAUGCACGACUGGUUUGACUACAAGUCUGUGGUGAACGCGUACACGCACUCGGAGCACCACGGCCUCUUCCACUCAUCCUCAGAGACGCACUGGUUCUCUGCCGUCAACUCGCUCACGGUCAACAAGAACAACGUGGUCGUUCGCCACAGCAUUGCCUGCACAAGCUAUCAUGUUCAGCGCAACACGUUCGACAACAGCGCCGUGCUCACCGCGGGCUUCAAGUCCAACGUGGCCGAGCUGCUCCCGCGCGACGAGAGCGAGUACAACGAUAAGCUUAACGACAUGCUGCAGUUUGCCAACGCCUACGGCGACUCCGUUGUUGCCGACGCUGAGUUUGGCGGCAAGUCGGUCCGCGUAACCGCAUUCAGCCAGGAAAGCUUCGAGCAUCUCCGCAAGACGUCGGGCGACCUGCACUCCUCAGCCACCCUCAACCACAUCUGCUCCAUUGGUGACGACGUGCUCUGCAACAACCGCACCCCUGGCUGGAACGAACAGGAGGCCUUCAACUCCAGCAAAAUCUCCGUGCAGACAAGUUACAUCCCCUUCCCGCCCGUCCACGGUCAGCUCACGCGCGGCGCAAACGCGUGGGCUCUCGCUGUCGAGAAGGACCCGGGCGUUGUCGCAUACACCCUGCAGAACCUCACCGCCGUCCUCACGCCAGCCUUCUUCCCAAACGACCCAGCUAUCGGCACGCGCGCACAGCUCUACCAGCGCUUCCUCAACAAUGACUUCUGCAAGACGCGUGCGGGUGGCUGCCCCAAGCUCCCCCCACGCUCUGCUCGCUGGACCACCACAGACACGGGCAUCACGUCCUUCCAGCCCAUGGCAGGCCAUGCUGCCGUGUUUGCCAACGUCUCCAUCUCCACCGCCAACGCCAACGCCAACGCCAACGCCGUGCUGUUCUUCAGUGGAACAGCGAGCCAAGCGUCCCUGCCCGAUGUGCCCGCCGUGCAGCGCUACGUCCCCGCAGCCAUGCCGCCAAAAACGGCGCCAACCCCAACCAAAGCCGCCCAGGACCCAUCCGCUGCAUUGCAGGGGGUGGCGCCAUGGACGCUGCUCUCGCAGGACCCGCGCGCCAACGUGGCCAACGCCUCCGCCGCCGUGCUCAACGAUCGCGUGUAUGUCACCGGUGGCGCCGGGCCGCCCUUCACCAACACCAGUGGCCGCACCACCGUCAUCUCCUUCUCGCCCCAGAAGAACGAGUGGAUCAACGUGGAGCCCAUGCAGACGCGCCGCCAGUUGCACUGCACGUUUGUCGCCUGCGGGGCGCUGCAUGUUACUGGCGGUGGCACGCCUGUGACGGAGGUGUAUGACCCGGAAACCGACUCGUGGUCCACAGUUCAGCCCAUGCCCCUCACCCUGUCCGGCAUGUCGUGCACGGUGGUGAACGACUCGCUCGUAUACGUCGUCGGCGGCGUGCUGCCGGACGGCACGCUAAAUGCAAAGGUGCUGUUGUACAACGUGGACACAGACCUGUGGAGCGACGCCCAUGUCCCGCCCAUGGGAGGCGCUGACACUCCACGCAUGGGGCACGCCGCCGUCGUUGUGGGCAACGACAUCCUCAUCAUGGGUGGCCGCGAUGCAACUGGCCUCGCAGCCCGCUCACCAGACACGAACGCCGUGGCCAGCCUCAGUGACGUGCGCAUCCUGCAGCUCCCUGUCAAGGGAGCGACUGCGGAAUGGAUCCCUGGCUGCGGCCUUCCCGAGGGCACCGCGUUUGCCCCGGCAGUCACCAUGCCCUCGGUGAGUGCACCCGGAGGUGUGGACGUUGUCGUUGCUGGCGGCUGCAAGGACAGCCAAUGCAAGGGCGUCGUCUCCAGCGUGCAGACAUACACCAUUGCGCCAGGCGCAACAAUCCAGUGCUCGCAAACCGCAGUUCCUACUACCUUUGGCGCCAACAGCAACACCGCCAGCGGCACCAGUGCCAACAGCGCUAGCAGUAGCAGUGACAGCAGCAGCAGCAGCAACAACAGCAGGGCACCUCGCACCAGCGCUGGCUCCACCAGCUCCCAGACCUCAAAGCAAGCCCGCGUGACCAGUGCUGGUGCUGCAUCGCCACCGCUUCAUCCCGGUGCAUCGUUGCCUGGGAUGGGCGUGUCCACGGUGACGGGCAAGGUGGUGCCAGCGCGCGUGUUUGAGCCAGACUGCAAGAGCUGCUUCUGGCUUCACAAAACACACGACAACCAGAGCGUGCCCAACGCCUUGGACGUGCGCUCGCUGCGCCGCUGCUCCUUCCAAACAGAGACGGGUCUCAUCCAGGACGAAGUGGAUGCCCAGGUUGCAGCCAGCGCCUGGAUGAGUGCUGAGCUUUUCUUCGGCUUCCCGGGCCUGCUGGACUUUGCCUUCAGCGCCAACUUUGAGGCGGGCUUGUCUGCCUCUGCCUCCACCACCUUCCGCCACACCACCGCCUUUGCCUCUGGCCGAUGCGAGCUGUUUGACAUUAACUACAUUGAGGCCCGCCCAGGCGAAGAAGGCGUUGUUGUGACGCCACUCGCCAGCACGGACCCAAACGAGGCCCCCCGCAACAGCCGCAGCAGCCGCAGCAGCCGGAGCAGCCGCAAUGUCAACGCCGAUGGAGUCCACACAAAGAAGAGCGACGGCCCUGACUCCCUGUUGACGCCGCCUGUGUCGCCCGACUUCAAGGCGGCUGUGAACCUGCUGGUGCAGCAGAUCAAGGAGGGAAACACCACCAAUGCCCGCGCCCUUGCCGUGAGCAUUCUGCAGCACUUUGGCGACGCCUAUGUGAGCUCUGCCUCGUUUGGCGCGCGCUUCUCCCAGUCCUUCGAGAUGACAGAGUCGCACUUCCACGCUGCCCUGCGGGCCAACGUCGACUUUGGCUACUCAAGCUCGCACUCAACCCUCUUCUUCUGGGGCGGCUCCCACAGCGAGGACGCGCAGGCGCACGUGAGCGCCAACGCUGAUCUCGUGCGCUACACCAGCUCCAACCGCACCACCUGCGUGCCGCUCUGUCCGCCCCUCACCAACAACGUCACCAUCAACACGACCGGGUUUGAUAACAUCUUUGACAGCGACGGCGGCCACGUGUCCCCAAUCGCCACGCGUGUGCGCCCCAUUACCGAGGUGGUGACACCCGCGUACUUCCCCACCAUCAGCCACGCCCUCCUGAACCAGACCGCCGAGCUCAUCCGAUCCGUCAUGCUGGACGGAACGUACUGUGCCCAUACGCCCGGCUGCUCGGCAGCCAGGCGACAGCCGACGUGGCAGUAUGCGCCCAACAUGCUACCCGUGGGCGCCACAUACUCGCGCGCCGUGCUUGUCAACGAGUCUGCGGUUGUUGUUGCCGGCGGCUGGCUUGGCACCGUGUCCGACGUCACCCUGCUGUAUCGGCCGCCCAUGGUCAAGGGCGUGCAGGCGCCGCAGUGGCAGCACGUGAGCCCAGCCCCUAUCACCAACGCGUCAUCUCUUGUGCUCGCGCCCAACAGCGCGCUCUGGUCCGUGUGCAACGUUCCGGCUGGCUCCACGUCAAAGACACAGUCGGCCAUCUACAACACAACGACUGGCAUUUGGGUCUCGGGGCCCUCCCUCCCUGAUUCCGUGAACAACGCCGCGGCCGCGCUGGACGCCGCAAGCGGCAAGAUUGUGGCUGUGGGUAUGCUGGCUGGUGCGUCAACGCAGACGGCAUGUCGUGCGUACCACCUUGACACAAGUGCGAGCUCGCCCUCGUGGCAGCGUCAGCCGCAUACAACACCACUGCUGUGCCUGGCCAAUGCAACAGCUGUGGCAGACGGUUCCGGAAGCGUCUUCCUGUUUGGCGGGCGCCGCCCAGAUGGCUCGUGCUCCUCGGCCAUUCUGAAGUACAACGUGACCACCGACGAGGUGCGCGUCGUUGGGUACCUUCCCAUGGCCAUGUGUUCAGGUCAGGCACACACGCUGCCCACUUCAUCCUCCGCCCACACCACCACCACCACCCCCACAAUGGACAGGCAUAAGAACUUGGGUCGGGCGUCCGGUACUCCGUUCCCUGGCCGUGCAAGUGACACUGUCGUCAUUGCUGCCACAGAUCCUCACUCUGGCAGUCGCUUAAAUGUGUGGCGUUGGAACAUGGUUACACGCGAGCUGGUUGUGCUGCCGUCCUUCAACCGAGGUGGGGACGAAUUUGCCGCCGCCAUCACCACCGUGUACAUGCCCAGCACAGAUGAGCUGUAUGCAUUUGGGGAUGGCAUGCUGCCACUUCGUCUGCGUGCGGCUUUUGGUGUUGUUGCACCUCCUGGUGCAACCGUGGGCGACAAGGUGGGCCUGCACCCAGCAACCCAGUCCCUGCCAGCACAACCAAUUGAGACACAAUCGUCCCAGGCUCCCUUCGGUGCUGCAUCAUCGUCAUCGCAUGGAUUGCCUUGGUCUUCGUCAUCCCUGUCAUCCCCGCCUGCGUCAGCAGCACACAAGCACCCCCUUCACGGCAGGCACCACCAGAGCAAUGCGUAUCCUCAACAAGAACAACAGCAACAAAGUGGGCGGAUUCGGCGUGGUGGCAGCCGGCCGGUUGCCGUGUCCCCCAAGCAGCCGCAAGGCAAGCCAGCCCUCCGGUUUCAACAGGUGGACAUGAUGCUGCGUGGGUAUCACACGAUUCGCGGGGACCCCCUGUCGCGCACAGGUGCCGACCCUGGCUGGAGCCGCUAUCCCGUGUUUGAGAUGGACGGCAACACGCCCUGGUCUGGCGUCAUGCAGGUGCCUGGCGACACAUACGACUGGACACUUCCACCAGGCAUCAAUGGCGAAGGCGGUGCGAGCUCGGACACGUGCAAGUACGCCAAAAAGGCCUGGCACGUGCACGGAACCACGGCGCUGCAGCACACGCUGCGUGGCCUCUUCAGCGUCAUCCCAUCGAAGAAGUUCCUCUGGCCGUCGCUGCUCGGGUUUGAGUAUUCCCUCGGAGGAACAUGGGCCAUGGUGACGCAGCAAACGGCCAGCUUCACGGCAGACCUGGCCAUUGCCAUUGGUCACUGCACCCGCUACACGCUUUCCCGCCCCAACUAUGCGUCGGGCCUCAGCUUCACCACCAAUUUCUUGAAUGACCUGCGCGCGCUGCCAAGAGACGUGGAUGACGACAACCUGCCUGUCUUCGCCAACUUCACGGACAAGUACGGCUUGUAUCUGCCAAACUCCAUCCAGUUUGGCUCCAUGAGCGUGCAGGUCUCUGCUGUGGAGUCGUCCAUGGUCCGCGCCAUGAUUGAGGGCAAGACGUCGCUGAGCGGCGGUGCCGAGGCAGCACUGCUGUUCUUCUUUGACCUGGACGCCUCAGCAUCGGCAUCGGCCUCAGCCAACUUGACGGCCGAGAUGCGACAGGCCAUGACAUUCAACUACACCACGUGCAUGCCCCGCUGCCCACCCCGCGUGAAGGACCCCAGCAACAACGCGGCCGCGUGGCAGGCGGAGCUGGAGCUGCCACAGGGCGAAGUGUACCCUGUUGGCGUUCAGCUGGACGCCCUCCCCAAUGUCCUUGACCAGUCACGCCACAACCUCCCUUCUGAUCUGCAGGGCGAAGCGCUCACCGACCGCCUUGUUGCACUGACGGAGUAUUGCGACCACUACCUCCCACAGCACCUUGGUGCACAGGCCGCUCAGGCAAACCUCCUGUGGAAGAACGCGUCACACGUGGGGGAAAUGCCCGCACCGCCCGGCCCGCUGCCAAUCCCAAGUGCCCUCCGCCAUCCAGUCAUGGGCGCGGCUGCGCUCAUGUACCACAACGACACGCUGGUCAUUGGCGGCUUCAACAGCUCUGGCCUGCCCACAACGGAGGUGCAGGUGUUCUCCUCCGGCUCGUGGGUGACGCAGGGCAUGCUGCCCACCCCGACGGCGUAUGCCGCUGCCACCGUGUUCCGUGACCAGCCAUAUGUGUGCGGUGGCAUCGACACGUUUGCCAGCGGCACUCCCACAGCGACAGGCAAGUGCUACUCAGCCGUUGGCGGGGAGUGGAGUGCCCGACCAUCGCUGCAGGUGCCACGCUUUGGGCACAGCAUGGUUGUGGUGAACGGCGCGCUGUAUGCAAUUGGAGGCAUGAUGUCGAACGGGACGGCGCUGGCCAGCAUCGAGGUCCUCACAACCAACGCCACGACCUGGACCAUCCUCAACACCACGUCUCUGCCAGCCGCGGCGAGCGGCAUUGCUGUGGCGUACUCGCACGCCCUCAACAAGGCUGUGCUGGUGGGUGGCCUCUCGGACGGCAGCGCCCUGCAAUCCAUCCUCGUCUUUGACGGCACCAAGGUGACCACCAUCUCGCCUCGGCUCGUGCUGCGCGAUCCGGUUGCAUUUGCGUCGGUGAUGGAGAUGCAGAACGGCUGGCUUCUUGUGACAAACGGAGUCAGCGGCAAGGGCGGCGCGUCAACGCGAGUGUCGUAUCGCCUGGACCUUCAGGCCAUGUCCGUCUCAGCCACACCGACACCGCCGUCUUAUCAGAUCGGCGCUGCCAUGGUCCCCAUCACCAACACAACUGGCCUUCUCUUUGGUGGCGAGUCCUCAUUCACUGCGCAAACGAUUGAUGGCACGUACCCGUUUAUCGACGCCUCCACAAGCGCUCCAUUCACAGCCUCCACGGACAUCAAGGUUGUCUCCUUCCAGUGAGCACGGGUGAGAUGCUGAAACCGCCCUGUAUCGGAGAAUCAGCGAACAUUUCCCGCUUCGAUGGACGGGUGGACCGUUCCCCUCCAUGCUUCUUCUUGAUCCGUGCAUGUUUGGUUUCCACUUGUCAUGCUUCAAACACUCACACAUAUGCCAUUGACCACCACUACAGUGUCACGCAAGCGUUCAGCGUGCACGUUACCAUGUUGCUGUCCUUGUUCGUGACGUCAUGGUACACUCUCUUCCGAUGUUCCGAGUUAUGUUCACUUCAAACCUGCACCAUUGCUUGUGGUAUCACGUUCAUUGAUCAAGAAACCAUCACCAA